AGUCUUUUAGAACCAAGAUAAACUUCGGAGGUGCUCCGUAUUUGGCUUUUAUUGUUAUGACCCAUCAUUGCUUUGGAGGACCUAGGAGAGCGCUGAUUGCAGGAAGGAAGUACCCUCUUGAGUAAGCGAAAUCGACUUGUUGACACUUCUUUGGGGAAAAUGGCGACAGGAGUGAGACAAGAGCUGGCUCAGCUUAUGAAUUCAAGUGGAUCCCAUAAAGAUCUCGCUGGGAAAUAUCGACAGAUUUUGGAGAAGGCCAUUCAGUUUACAGACGCAGAGCAACUGGAGUCAUUAAAAGCAUUCGUUGAAGCAAUGGUCAAUGAGAACGUGAGCCUCGUGAUCUCCAGACAGCUGCUCACGGACUUCUGCACGCAUCUCCCUAACCUCCCCGACAACACGGCCAAGUCGGUGUACCACUUCACCUUAGAGAAGAUUCAGCCCAGAGUUAUUUCCUUUGAAGAACAAGUGGCCUCAAUUAGACAGCACUUAGCAACCAUUUAUGAAAAGGAGGAAGACUGGAGGAAUGCUGCCCAGGUCUUAGUUGGUAUUCCUCUAGAAACAGGACAAAAGCAGUACAACGUUGAUUAUAAGCUGGAUACCUAUCUGAAAAUUGCCCGUCUUUAUCUGGAAGACGAUGACCCGGUACAGGCCGAGGCAUACAUCAACAGAGCCUCUCUCCUCCAGAACGAGUCGACCAACGAACAGCUGCAGAUACACUACAAGGUGUGCUAUGCUAGAGUCCUGGACUAUCGGAGGAAGUUCAUUGAAGCUGCACAGAGGUACAACGAGCUCUCCUACAAGUCCAUCGUCCACGAGACUGAGCGUCUAGAGGCUCUGAAGCAUGCUCUGCACUGCACCAUACUGGCCUCUGCAGGCCAGCAGCGCUCCCGCAUGCUAGCCACUCUGUUCAAGGACGAGCGCUGUCAGCAGCUGGCAGCCUAUGGCAUCCUGGAGAAGAUGUACCUGGACCGCAUUAUCAGAGGGAACCAGCUGCAGGAGUUUGCUGCCAUGCUGAUGCCUCACCAGAAGGCCACCACUGCUGAUGGGUCCAGCAUCCUGGACAGAGCGGUUAUCGAACACAACCUGUUAUCUGCUAGUAAACUCUACAAUAACAUCACGUUUGAAGAGCUCGGGGCACUUUUGGAGAUCCCCCCGGCAAAGGACGAUUGUCCCGAUGGUGAGGUUCCUGGUUACAGAUGCAACCUGGCUGAGAAAAUCGCCUCACAGAUGAUUACAGAAGGACGUAUGAAUGGCUUCAUAGACCAGAUUGAUGGCAUUGUCCACUUUGAGACACGAGAGCCCCUCCCCACCUGGGACAAGCAGAUCCAGUCUCUCUGCUUUCAAGUCAACAACCUCCUAGAGAAGAUUACGACGGCUGCUCCGGAGUGGACAGCACAGGCUAUGGAAGCCCAGAUGACCCAAUAAACAUCCCUGGAAGAUCCUUCUAAUUCCUGUUUGUCAUCAGUCCUAAUCUGCCCUUUGUUUUCAUCCUCACCUAUGUGAAUGUUAUCGAGUAACACCCCCGCCCCCAGAUUACUAAUAUACCCAUGACACCCUCUCACUUGCCUCCACCCUCACCCUCCACCUUGUUCAGGCUCAAUGUGUAGGUUACUGAAGCCUCAACGAGCCGUGGUCUCCAGGAAAACCCUCCACUACUCUCCUAGGAUGUUCUGGGUCCGGUGCGCUGGUGAUAUGUGUGCAUUCUUUUACUCCAUUCACACAAGGACAUGAAACGUGGAUCAUCUGUCACUCCACUCAUCUCUGACCUUGGACCUUUUUGACCUUUGACCGUGAUCGACGUGAACAUGACAGUGCGGGAGACUGGCCCAUCUGUAGGUGGGGGUCCGGUCACACUAGUCUGCUAGCUUGUUACUCUUGACUCUUGAGAGGCGAUACUGUAUGUUUAUGUUUGGAAGGCUUGAACGAUUGAACCCAUGCACAUUCAUCAAGAUGUUACUAUCUUGUGUAUUCCUUGAUUUGAUGUAAACUGAAUGAAGACUUUGGUGUUCCAGAACAAUUUACUUGACAUGUAGGCAACAUGUACCCUUGUGUUUGUUGCCUCAUGUAUAACUAUCUCUUUACGUUGCAUUUUCAAGUGUUUUCUCAGACCCUAAAAUCAGCUUAUCAAAGAAAUUAAAAAAAAUAUAAGUUGAGUGAAU